AGCGGCGUCCCCUGCGCCGCUAAGGCCCGGGAGCUGCGCCCGCUGCGACAGGGCUCGGGGACGCUGGCCGCACUGCAUUAUGGAAUACAUAGUCUAAUAGAAAACGUCCUGGGGCACAAACUCCCAACCAAGCCCACGUGUUUACCUUGUGCACUGGGGGGACGUCAAUGAAGAGUAGCUACCAGAUUUCGUCAUAGAACGGCGACCAGACAGGCGGCGCCAUCUUCGAACUUGGGCUUCCGGAAGGACUUUGGUGAGGGCCCAGCCAUUUUAGGGGGUGCUGAUGGAUCCCUACGGGGUCGGCUGUGUUGCUCUGGAGGAGGCCGGCCCCGUGGGGAACAUGACUGUGGUAGACUCUCCUGGACAAGAGGUGCUAAACCAGCUUGAUGUCAAGACCUCUUCAGAAACAACCAGUGUGGAGGAUUCCAUAGAGACGUCAUUACUUACCCCUUUGCCUGGAUUUGAGGAUUCUCUUGAUGAGAGGAGGCUCCCUCCAGGACAGGAAACCCUCUCCAGACUGGAACAGCAAGAUCUUUCUUCAGAGAUGUCAAAGGUCCCAAAGCCUAGGGCCUCAAAGCCUGGCCCGAAGAGAGGUGGUAGGACACGGAAAGGCCCCAAAAGGCCCCAGCAGCCUAAUUCUCCAUCAGCCCCUCGGGUUCCUGGUCUCUUAGAUCAGUCCAACCCUCUGUCCACCCCCAUGCCUAAGAAACGAGGUCGAAAGUCCAAGGCAGAUCUGCUACUGCUGAAGUUGUCAAAAGGCCUAGAUCAGCCAGAGUCUCCACAUCCAAAGAGGCCCCCUGAGGACUUUGAGACCCCUCCUGGGGAACGACCCCGCCGAAGGGCUGCCCAAGUGGCACUUCUGUAUCUUCAGGAACUGGCUGAAGAGCUCUCAACAGCCCUGCCUGCUCCAGUGUCCUGUCCUGAGAGCCCCAAGGUGAGCAGCCCCACCAAACCCAAGAAGAGCCAGCAGCAGGCAGCCUGUCAUUAUGGAGAAGAAGAGGAUGACACCGCACGGGAUGAAGACUUUGUUCUCCAGGUUGAGGCUGAAGAUGGAGAAGAAAGUGAGGCCCCAAGCGAGAGCUCGUCUGACCCCGAGCCUACAGUGCCCCGAAGCACCGCACGAGGAUCCACUUCAGGGAAGCAGAAGCCACACUGCCGGGGAGUGGCUCCCAAUGGCUUACCAAAUCACAUCAUGGCUCCUGUUUGGAAGUGCCUUCAUCUCACCAAGGACCUCCGAGAACAGAAGCAUUCAUACUGGGAGUUUGCGGAAUGGAUUCCUUUAGCCUGGAAGUGGCAAUUGUUAUCUGAACUUGAGGCAGCUCGCUACCUGCCCCAGGAGGAGAAGUCGCCACUGUUUUCUGUACAGCGUGAAGGACUUCCUGAAGAUGGCACACUCUACCGAAUAAACAGAUUUAGCUCUAUCACAGCACAUCCAGAGCGCUGGGAUGUGUCCUUCUUUACGGGGGGACCGCUCUGGGCUCUGGACUGGUGCCCAGUGCCAGAGGGGGCAUCAGCCUCGCAGUAUGUGGCUCUUUUCUCCAGCCCUGACAUGAAUGAGACACACCCACUGAGCCAGCUUUAUUCGGGCCCUGGGCUGCUCCAGCUCUGGGACCUUGGGACCUUGCAGCAAGAAAGCUGUCCUGGCAACAGAGCCCACUUUGUCUAUGGGAUUGCUUGUGACCACGGCUGCAUCUGGGACCUCAAGUUCUGCCCCAGUGGAGCGUGGGAACUUCCAGGCACCCCUCGGAAGGCUCCUCUCUUGCCCCGGUUGGGUCUCCUGGCUCUUGCCUGCUCAGACGGGAAGGUGCUGCUGUUCAGUCUGCCCCAUCCCGAGGCCCUGCUGGCUCAGCAGCCCCUAGAUGCAGUGAAGCCUGCCAUCUAUAAGGUCCAAUGUGUGGCAACCCUGCAGGUGGGGUCUAUGCAAGCGUCAGACCCCUCUGAGUGUGGUCAGUGCCUUAGCCUGGCUUGGAUACCCACCCGGCCCCACCACCACCUGGCUGCUGGAUAUUAUAAUGGCAUGGUGGUUUUCUGGAACCUUCCCACGAACUCGCCUCUGCAGCGGAUACGGCUCUCUGAUGGCUCCUUGAAGCUCUACCCCUUCCAGUGUUUCCUAGCCCACGACCAGGCUGUGCGUACCCUUCAAUGGUGCAAAGCUAACAGUCAUUUCCUAGUCUCUGCAGGGAGCGACCGGAAAAUCAAAUUCUGGGACCUUCGACGACCUUAUGAACCAAUAAACUCUAUCAAGCGCUUCUUGAGUACAGAGCUGGCCUGGCUGCUCCCUUACAAUGGUGUCACUGUGGCUCAGGACAACUGCUAUGCCUCUUAUGGACUCUGUGGAAUUCAUUAUAUUGAUGCUGGUUACCUUGGUUUCAAAGCCUACUUCACUGCUCCUCGAAAAGGCACUGUCUGGAGUCUUUCAGGAUCCGACUGGCUUGGGACAAUAGCUGCAGGAGAUAUAUCUGGGGAGCUCAUUGCAGCUAUAUUGCCUGAUAUGGCACUGAACCCAAUAAACGUCAAACGACCUGUAGAGCGAAGAUUCCCUAUAUAUAAAGCAGAUCUGAUGCCAUAUCAAGACAGUCCUGAAGGUCAGGACCACUCUUCUGCUUCAUCCGGGGCCCCCAACCCUCCCAAGGCUCGAACUUACGCUGAAACCGUCAACCAUCACUACUUGCUCUUUCAAGACACAGAUUUGAGUUCAUUCCACGGCCUGCCCCACAGAGAACCAAUGCUGCGCAUGCAGGAGGGAGAGGGGCAAACGCGGCUCUGCCUGGACCGGCUUCAGCUGGAAGCUAUUCACAAGGUACGUUUCAGCCCAAACCUGGACUCCUACGGAUGGCUGGUCUCUGGGGGGCAGUCAGGGCUGGUUCGGAUCCAUUUUGUCCGUGCACUCACCUGUCCACUGGGCCACCGUAUGCAGCUUGAAAGCCGAGCCCACUUCAAUGCUAUGUUCCAGCCGGCCUCCCCCACUAAAGGGCCUGGCUUCCCUCCAACCAGCCAUCGCCUUCUGCCUGGUCCCUAGUCGUGGUCCCCACAGAACACUCAGGAUGAAGUCUGCCGAGAACAAUUGGCCCCGUGCACACAGCCAUAGGAACUGGGGCUUUCCUGGACAGUGAUGCUGCCAGGCCUGGACCUUUAGACCUGCCUCCCCAGGACUCCUUAGAUCCCUCUCUUUCCACAGACUUCUUCUGUCAUCACAGCCCCCCGCGGGCAAGGGGGUUCUCCCUCCACAAACUCUCAAGUCUCCUCAGCAUAAAACUAUGACUCACGAGCAACACUCAGGCCUGACCUAGGCUUGGGAGUCAAAUUGCUCAUAUUGAGCAUAUUGUGAAGUGGGUAAAACUAAGUAAAGGUACUGGGUGUUUUUGAGA